AUGUCAGAUCCAAAGAACCCAAAUAUCAAUAACAGAAAUACACCACAAUGGGCAUUAUACCAACGCGAAUUAUUCUGGAAAGACAACACAGGCGAAGUCCCACCCUUCAGCACCGACCCAUCUGAUCUCGAAGACCUCGCCAAAAACGCUCUCUCAAGCGGUGGAUGGUACUACGCCUCCUCCAACGCAGGCCAAUCCCACACCCACCUCGCAAACCGCCAAUCCUUCUACCGCCACCGCAUCAUCCCACGCAUGCUCGUCGACACCAACAUCCGCGACACCAAAACCACCAUCUUCGGCCACAAAGUCAGCGCCCCCAUCGGCUUCGCCCCCAUCGGCAUCAACAAAAUCUACAACCCCCUGGGCGAACUCCCUGUCGCUAAAGUCGCUAAAGAGCUGAACUUACCGUAUUGUCUGUCGACCGCCGGCUCCACGCCCAUUGAAGAUGUAGGCAAAGCGAACGGCGAGGGCCCGAGGUUCUUUCAGCUGUAUAUGCCGCAUGACGAUGAACUUACAAUUUCAUUGCUGCAACGCGCGCAUGAUUCGGGCUUUUCGGCCUGUAUUUUGACGGUCGAUACAUGGCAGCUCGCAUGGCGCCACCACGACGAGUCCGGCUCGAACUACGCAUUCUACCACGGCAUCGGCGCCGACCUCGGGCUCUCCGACCCGGUCUUCCAAAAAAGACUAAAGGAAAUGGGGAUUGAUCCGAAGACGCAGCCCAACGAGGCGGGCGCCGCGUGGAUCGAUAAUGUGUGGCAUGGCCGCGCGUGGAGCUGGGAGAAGAUGCCGUGGUUGAUGCAGCAGUGGGACAGGAUUAGUGGGGGCAAGCCGUUUUGUAUUAAGGGGAUUCAGAGUGUGAGGGAUGCGAAGAAGUGUGUGGAACUCGGGGUCCAUGGGAUUGUGGUUAGUAAUCAUGCCGGGAGGCAGGUUGAUGGGGCGGUUGCUAGUUUGGAUGCGUUGGAGAAGAUCGUGGAUGCCGUCGGCGAUAAAACAUACAUCAUGUUCGACUCCGGCGUCCGCGGCGCCGCCGACGUCUUCAAAGCGCUCGCCCUAGGCGCGAAAUUCGUCUUUGUAGGCCGCUUGUGGGUGUGGGGUCUUAGUAUCAAGGGGGAGCUGGGCGUCAGACAUGUUAUGAAGGCGUUGUUGGCGGAUUUCGAUAUCUUGAUGAAUGUUGCCGGGUAUCAGAAUGUGGAGCAGAUUGAGAGAGAUAGCGUGGAGAGUUUGCCGAGUUCGGCGGGUUUGAUUGCGGAGAAGAGUAAGUUGUAG